AGAGCCUCCCCUAGGCCGGGGGACAGACCCAGCUGGGAGCGAACCAAGGCAGGUCCCCAGACACUGGCCAGAGCCUCCCCUAGGCCGGGGGACAGACCCAGCUGGGAGCGAACCGGGCUAGGACCCCAGCAACCAGCCUGAGGGGGGUCCUUGCUGGACCUGGAACCUGAGAUCCCAGGGAGCCAGCCCAGCUCUUGGGGAUGGAGCCCUGAGAGCCACAGGGCCUAGGGGGACUCAGGCAGCUGCCCAAGGGGACAUGCGUCCUGCUUUGCUCUCCCAGGGGGAGAAGGAGCCACUGGGAAGCUGUGAGCCACGCCUUGGCUCCCCCAGAUAAGGGACCCUAGUGUCUGGAGGGGGUACCUUGAGAGAGUGAUCAGAUGUGGGGGCAUCCCCAUAGUCCCAUAAGAAGGGUUGUGUAGGCUUCCCCAUAGGGGAGGGUUUAUAGGCUCCCCCCAAUUAUCCACAGGAGUCCCCACCUUGGUGGUUUAGGAGUGGGCAUCCUGCCUCUCCAUCGAGAGUAAAUAGUCAGAUAUUCCUGUAGAGUCCAGUUGAACAAAGUCACCUUUUAGACUCCAAUCAGGAUCUCCCCAUAACCACCCUAAGAGGAUUUAUCACAUCUGAAGAUUUCUCUCUCCCUUUUGGGAAAUUUUUGCUCAAGAGAGAACUUGUGUGUGGUGGUUAGAUUCUUUUUUUGAUUCUUUUUUUUUUAUGAGCCCUUUUGAUCUGGAUGUUCUGACUGAGAGAAGGUUUUUUGAACUGAAUUUGUCUUCUGUGCAUGUCUCUUCUGGAGAAAGACUGGAUCCUGAGCAUUGUUGUAUAUGUGGGGGGCAACGCAUCUGUGAGAUCUGUGCAAUAAUAGUAAAAUGCAAAUUGGAUAAGAAGACGACUCCUUGCCCAGGGCUCCAAUGAGUGGCACACAGUCCACAAUCACGGACAGGUUUCCUCUCAAAAAACCUACAAGGCAUGGCAGCAUUCUGAGCAGAGAGACUCCAGCUGACAAGAAACAGAAGGUUGAACGCUGCAGUAGUACACACGACUUUGAUCCUACAGAUAGCUCCUCCAAGAAGACAAAGUCUAGCUCGGAGGAGAGUAGAUCCGAGACGUAUGGUCUUGUUCAGCGCUGUGUUAUUAUCCAGCGGGAUGAAAAUGGAUUUGGGCUGACAGUUAGUGGAGACAAUCCAGUCUUUGUGCAGUCAGUCAAAGAAGAUGGAGCAGCCAUGCGGGCUGGAGUGCAGACAGGUGAUCGAAUCAUCAAGGUGAAUGGGACUCUUGUGACGAACUCAAACCAUGGAGACGUGGUGAAGCUGAUCAAGUCGGGUUCCUAUGUAGCUCUCACUGUGCAGGGGCGCCCACCAGGGUCGUCCCAGAUUCCGUUAGCCGAUUCUGAAGUGGAUCCAGCAGCAUUUGGGCAUAUGUCUCCCAUCAUGACAUCUCCCCAUUCACCUGGGACAUCUGGAAACGCAGAGAGGAUUACUAGCCCUGUGCUGAUGGGGGAGGAGAACAAUAUUGUUCACAACCAGAAAGUGGAGAUCCUGAGAAAGAUGCUGCAGAAUGAGCAGGAACGGCUGCAGUCCUUGCAAGAAGAUUACAGCCGAACACCCACCCCACGACUUCUCAAGGAGAUACAGGAAACUAAGAAGCACAUCCCUCAGCUGCAAGAGCAGCUGUCCAAAGCCACAGGUUCUACUCAGGAUGGAGUGUUGUUCUCCAGACCUGUGACGGAAUCGCUGCAGAUCAGUGAAGGAGAGGCAGAAAGUGGGGAUGGGCUGAGCAAACUAGAUUACAGUAGUGGUGACGGGUCCCGGCCAAACAGUGACAUUGCUGAUAGUCCCCGCAGUGGCCCGAAGGAACGGAUUUACCUGGAGGAGAGUCCAGAGAAGAGUGAGAUUCAAGAUACUGAUUCUCAAUCCAGUGUAGGGAGUCCCUCCUCCCGCAUGGCACCUCAGAUCAUCGGCGCAGAGGAUGACGACUUUGACACUGAACAGGAGCAGAUCAAUGGGCAAUGCAGCUGUUUCCAGAACAUUGAGCUGCUGAAAUCUCGCCCCGCUCACCUGGCUGUGUUCCUGCAUCAUGUGGUGUCACAGUUUGACCCAGCCACACUGCUUUGUUACCUUUACACAGACUUGUACAAACAGACCAACUCCAAAGAGACUCGUCGGGUCUUCCUUGAGUUUAACCAGUUCUUUCUGGACCGAGCUGCGAAUCUGAAGGUUCCAGUUCCAGACGAAAUUUCUGUAGAUCUAGAAAAAAGAAGGCCCGAACUCAUUCCAGAGGAGCUGCACCGCCAUUAUAUCCAAACUAUGCAAGAUAAAGUUUAUCCAGAUGUCCAAAGGCAUCUGGAAGAUUUCAGACAGAAACGUAGCAUGGGAUUGACACUGGCCGAAAAUGAACUGACCAAGCUGGAUGCAGAACGUGUCCGUGAUCGGAUCACGUUGGAGAAAGAGCGAGCGUGUGCAGAGCAGAUCAUUACCAAAAUCGAGGAGGUGUUGCUGACAUCUCAGCCUCUGGAAGAGGACAAGAGCUCAGCCAUGCAGUAUGUGAUCCUUACCUACAUGAAAAAUCUGGGUGUGAGAGUCAAGGAGCCCCGGAGCUUGGAGCAGAAGCGUGGACGUAUUGGUUUCCUGCCAAAGAUAAAGCAAAGUAUAAAGAAAGAGAAAGAAGGGGAGGAAAAGGUGAAGAGGAGAGGUUUCACCAGUAUCCUGGGACCACAAAGGAGACCGAGUCGCCAUGACAGCAGUGCAAUUGGCAGGGCCAUGGAAAUACAGAAGCAGCGUCAUCCAAAGCACUUAUCCACUGCCUCUUCAGUUAGUCCAGAGCCGCAGGACUCAGUGAAGAUGCGCCAGAGUGGGUCCUCUAGCGAUGGCACGGAAACGUGCCCUCCUGCCAAUCCCAUGUCUCCUUUAGCUAUGGGGCCCUUUGCCUCACCGGACGGAAGCAAGGAAAAUGACACAGGCCCCAAGCAGUCUGGUGAAGCUCCACCUCUGAGUGACUCGACGGAUGGCGCACCCCGCACACCUAACACCAUCUUUGAGUUCCCAUCUCCUCCGCUGGACCAAUUGCAAGAGGAGGAAGGAGAAUUAGAUAGAUUAGCCGACUUGGGAACACCAAAGCUUUUCCGCAAGACGGACAGUGUGGGCUUUGGGGAUAUUCAGAGUGAGGACGAGCUGUUUGAUUUUGAUACUGAGACCGAUCCUCCCAACUGGCAGCAGCUGGUAAGCCAAGAGGUGCUGCUGGGGCUGAAACCCUAUGAAAUCAAACGCCAGGAAGUGAUUAAUGAGCUGUUCUACACAGAGCGAGCUCACGUCCGCACGCUGAAGGUUCUGCAUCAGGUCUUCUACCAACGUGUGCUGCGGGAAGGCAUCCUGACCCCAUCUGACCUGCGGAAAAUAUUUUCAAACCUGGAGGAUAUCCUUCUGCUCCAUACUGGGCUGAAUGAUCAGAUGAAAGCUGUCCGUAAAAGGAAUGAGACAUCAGUUAUUGAUCAGAUUGGGGAAGACUUGCUAACCUGGUUCAGUGGCGCAGGAGAGGAGAACCUGAAACACGCAACUGCCACCUUUUGUAGUAACCAACCUUUUGCUCUAGAAGUGAUUAAAUCACGGCAGAAGAAGGACUCUCGUUUCCAAACGUUUGUGCAGGAUGCUGAGAGCAAUCCACUGUGUCGCCGGUUGCAGUUGAAGGAUAUCAUUCCCACUGAGAUGCAGAGGCUGACUAAGUACCCCCUUCUGCUGGAUAAUAUCGCCAAGUACUCAGAACGGCCUGAGGAGAAGGAGAAAGUGAAGAAAGCAGCAGAUCACUGCCGUCAGAUCCUUAACUAUGUGAAUCAGGCUGUCAAAGAAUCUGAGAAUAAGCAGCGUCUGGAAGAUUAUCAGCGUCGCCUUGACUUGUCCUACUUGAAGCAGUCAGAGUACCCUAUGCUGGAUGAGCACAGGAAUUUGGACUUAACUAAGAGGAAGAUGAUUCACGAAGGGCCUCUGACCUGGAAGGUUAAUCGGGACAAGACUAUUGAUCUCUACACACUGCUCUUGGAGGAUAUUCUAGUGCUGUUGCAAAAGCAAGAUGAUAAACUGGUGCUGAGGUGUCACAGUAAGAUCCUGGCAUCUGCCUCUGACAUCAAACACACAUUCAGUCCUGUUAUCAAGCUGAACACUGUGCUGGUUCGCCAGGUGGCCACAGAUAACAAAGCUUUCUUCGUCAUCUCCAUGUCAGAAAAUGGUGCCCAGAUUUAUGAAUUGGUGGCACAGACCGUUUCUGAAAAGACUGUAUGGCAGGACCUGAUAGCUGAGAUGGCAGGGACAGUAAAAGUUGAGGCAUCAAAAAGGCCAAUUCCAUUACCACAGUCGGGACCUGGCGAUGAGGAGCAUGAGGAAGAGGAGCAGCAGAAGCUGAAAGAAGAACAGCGGGACAUCCCUGCCAGCAGUAUGCAGAGUCCAGAUACAGAUUUGGGAAUUGAGCCUCCCUUGAUGCUGAAGGCUCAGUCUCCUUCAGCAAUCAUGGCUGAGAAGUCCGAGGGAGAAGAAGAUCCUGACGCUGAAAAUCAUUUUGAGAGAGAUCAACAGACAGAACUGACGGUUGGAGAAUCCUCUGCUCACCCUGAACCGGCAGUCCCUCUCCAGAUCUCAGAAGAGCGCUGGGCAUUGAAUGCGCUAAGAGACUUGGGCUUGCUAAAGCAGUUGUUGAUGCAGCAUCUGGGCAUGUCUGAGAAGGGGACGCUGGAAGGCUGGCAGCGUUUUCCUAAGUUUAGGACCGUUUCCCGAGGGGCCCAGGCACAGAGUGGAGUUCAGGAUGGACUACAGCCUUCUGAUGACAAGAUGCAGCAGUCUGGAACAGACGGGAUGCAUCCCAGAACAGGAGCUAAUGAAUCCUCCGCUUGUUAUGGCCUCCGGACUUCAGCCGAAUUCCCAGCUUCACAGGAUGCUGUGCAGCUGGGAUCUAGACACACCAGGUCUAGUAACAGUUUAGUCACGGACCAUGUGAGUAUGACCCUGGAGACCCCUGCCACCGAGCUGGAAGGGGGGGGUGCUGAUGACAAUGGAGAGCACUUCUUUGAUGCUCAUGAGGCCCACAGCGAUGAGACUCCAUUGGAAGGUGAAGUAAUGGAGAGAAAGGAGGAAGAGGAGGUACACAUACGGAUCUCAGGAAAUUAUUUGAUCCUUGAUGGAUAUGGAACUGUGCAGGAGAGCUCUACGGAUGAGGAGGUGUCCUCGCUAGUUCUGCAGUACACUGCAGGUCACUCUUCUUUGGACUCGGCAAACCAGCAACCAGUUUCCCCACAAGACGCCCAGUCAGACGAAGGGAGCUCCUCAUUUCCUGAGGAAUUUAUGGCCUCACGCUGGGCACAGGUGGACGAAUUGUGCUCCGAUGUACAGAGCCCCCACUUCUCAGUAGAGUCACGUAUCCAGGUGAUGCAGUACAUUCAGAAGAUAGAGGCUAACCUUGAACACCUAAAGGAAGUUGAGGAAAAUUACGCCACUCUCCUUCGCCAAAGGCCGACUGGAUCAGCCCCCACAGAUGAGCAUUCAGGUACAUGAACAACACAUCAUCCCUUCUC